AUGGCGAUCGGUCACAGUGUAGUGAUACUUUCUCAGUGGCGGCAGCAGCAGCAGCACGAUGAUGAUGCUGAUGAGAGCUCCACAGCAGCAGCCGCACGAGGACCACCAACGGAGUACUACAGCAACAUCGUAACGUAUUACUGCAGCAGCGUGCAGCAGCCACGUGGAGCAACAGCGCGGAGCACCACCACGGUGAAGCACGAGCGUGAAUCAGUAGCAUCAUGUGUAUCCCACAGCAGCAGCAGCGUGUUCAAUGCGUGCCGAUCAGGACAGCAGCAGCGCUUCAUGUUUCGAAGCGACAGCAUUAAUCUGCGUGCUGUAGCAGCAGCGUUGACAACCCACACAAACUACUAUAUACAUGUGCCAGACGAGCCCGAGAACGAGAGCUGUAAUAAUCGAGGCAGCACCACCACUAGCACUAGCAUCAGCAGCAGCAACGCGACAGCAACAUCCAGCAGCAGCAGCAGCAUCCUCACUACUGGCAUCACAGCGCGCGCUAGACUUGUAUAUGAGAGCUCUACUGAAGAGGAAGACGUCCUACACACUAGCAGCUACAGCUGCAGCAGUAGCAGUACAAGCAGCGGUGGCUGCCACUCGCCCAACGGCAGCAGCAUUGAGAGUAGUAGUAAUAGCAGUAGUAGUAGCAAGACCACCUGCAGCACAAGCAGCGACUGCAAUUCAACUCACAGCAAUAGCAGUAGCUGUAGAAGCAGCAUUGCAUGCAGUGACAGCUAUCACACAUACACGUACAGCAGUGGCACUAGAAGUAGUAGGAGCAGCAGCAGUGUGUGCAGUGACAGCUACCAGACUAACACGAGUAGCAAUAGGAGCAGCAGCAGCUAUAAUAGCAGCAGCAUCAUUACUAGACGCCGCGUGCAGGUUUUGUAA